AUGUUUACCUUUGAGGGCAACUAUAAAUCACGUCGUAGCAUAAAUCUUGGUAAUAAAAAAUCACAAGAGAACAAGGAUUCAGUAGUGAAAGAUGCCCGAGAUCGUCGUAAAGAACGUGAAAAUGAACGUUCAAGACAGAAAUCUGCUGCAAAAAUUCAAGCAUUUUAUUAUGGAAGAAUUGAAGCAAGAAAGUUACGCUCACAAUUGCGUGAAAAUUGGGACAAUCAGUCAAAAAUAAUUUUACAGAACGUUAAAAACAAACGUGAGAUGGCUUUAUCAUUGAUAACAUUUGUUCGGAAAUUUUUAUUUUUCUAUCAACUACACCAUGAUAAUGAUCGUAAAAAAUUAUUGUCCAACAUUUUACUUCAAAAAUCAUUCGACUCUUAUAUUUUGUUUGUUCCAUUUGUCUUUAAUGAUUUAUAUGAAACUUGGACAUAUCAAUUAAAGAAAACAUUACUAAUAUUUGUCAAAUCCAUUGGAUCAAAUGAGAUUAAAACUGUUCGGGAUAUUUUGGUAUAUCUUGUCAAAAAUGGCAUGUUUCGUGAAUUUAGGGAAAUUUUACUUCAUUUGCCAAUUGAAGAUAAAAAAAAUCAAUUGAUUUUUUCUAUUUUGUUUUCAAUUCUUCCAUUAUUCAAUAAAAAUGAUAAAAAUGGUGAUUUUAAUAUGAUCUUAGAAAAUUUUAUUCUACAAAUUUUUACAAUACCAAAUUUACCUAAUCGUAUCAAUGUUGAAGAUUUGAAAUUGGGAGAUAUAUUAAAAAGUCUAAAUAGUAUGGAUUUUGAUGUUUUAAGUUUAGAACAAAAAAUUGAAUUGAUGAGUAGUUUGGUGGCUUUUGAAGAUUAUUUAGGAGUUAUACAACGUUUAUCUUUACAAAUCCCAACAAGUUUGAUUGAGGAGAAAUCAAAUACAUUUGCCGCAGAUAUCGAUGAAGAAGAUGAUGAAUACAACUUAAAAAUUCAAGAAAAAUCAGAAUUAUUGAUAAUACAAAAAAUAGAUUCUCUGACAAAAAAAAGAAUUUCAAUGUUAUUUGAUACACAAAAUUGGAUCUCUAUAUUUGUUUAUGGUAAAACAGGUGGCUAUGUUGCUUUGCGUAAGAUAGCACUUUUAAUGAUGACUUUAUUGAUUAGAUGGCCAUCACGAAAAAUGGAAUUAUUAGAUGGUAUAAUUUAUAACAUAAUAUCCAUAUCAAAAGAUACACCAACUAUUAGUAUUUUAUGGUUAACACUUAAGGAGUUAGGAUUUAUUCCAAAAACACUUUUAAACAAGCAUUAUUACAUGGAUGAACCAUUGUUAGGAGAAGAUUGGGCGAUUUUUGCUUUAAUAUGUGAAAUAUAUAGUCGUGGUUUGUACACAAUGGGAGAUAAUGAAUUUUUUGAUGAGUCUAAGAAUCCUUUAAGUUUAUCGGAGAUUCUUGAAUUAUCAACGACUUUGAAGAACAUAGGCUUUUCUUUAUAUUGGAAUAGUUCUACGUUAAAAAUGGACAAUUAUAUUGAAGGGAGUUGUAUUUCUUUCAAUUAUUUAAGAGACAUUGUAACCAGAUUAUUACAACAAAUACAUGCAAAAGAUUCACGACGUUCCUUUACGCCUCCAAAUCAUUGGUUAAUGUCACCAGAGUUUGAUGUUAUUGCUGAUAAAAAACUUUUAACUUCUAUUAGUCCAAAAUUGGGGAUUUUGAAUAACUUACCUUUUGUUAUUCCUUUUGAGGAUCGAGUAAAGAUAUUUCGACAAUUUAUUCAAAACGAUCUUCGCCGUUAUAAUCAUAGUCGUCAUAAUUACUUUGGACGGACUUUCGUCACAAUACACCGUACAAAUGUUUUUGAAGAUGGUUUUAAGCAACUAAAUGAUUUAGGACCUAAUCUUAAAAAACCUAUAGCUAUUAAAUUUAUUGACGAAUUUGGUAUUCAAGAAGCAGGUAUUGAUGGUGGUGGUUUAUUCAAGGAAUUUUUAACAUCUAUAACACAUAUAGCGUUUGAUACCAAUUAUGGUUUAUUUCUUAACACCAAAGAACAACUUUUAUAUCCCAAUCCUCAUUUAUAUGCACGUCAAGAAACACAAUUAAAUUAUUAUGGAUUCAUUGGUCGUAUUUUAGGAAAAGCUUUAUAUGAAGGAAUUUUAGUUGAUGCUGCCUUUGCUGGAUUUUUCUUAAGCAAAUGGCUCGGAAGAUCAUCUUAUUUGGAUGAUUUACCAUCCCUUGAUCCAGAGUUAUACCAAGGUUUAAUGUUUUUGAAAAAUUAUAAAGGAGAUGUAGAAUCAGAUUUAUCAUUAAAUUUUACCGUUGUGGAUGAUGAAUUUGGAGAGGCACGAACUAUUGAAUUAGUUCCAGGAGGCUCUAAUAUUCCAGUAACCAAUAAUAAUAGUAUUGAAUAUAUUUAUAGAGUAGCAAAUCAUAGACUUAAUGCACAAAUAUACAGACAAUGUAAAGCAUUCUUUAAUGGUUUAUCAGAUUUGAUAGAACCGAAAUGGUUAAGAAUGUUUAAUCAGCAAGAGCUUCAAAUUCUUGUUGGGGGAGCAUACAUUCCUAUUGAUAUCGAAGAUUUACGACAAAAUACUGUUUAUGCCGAUUACAAAGAAGAUGAUCCAGUGAUGAUUAACUUUUGGCAAGUUGUCUCUGAUUUUUCUGAAGAACAAAAACAAAAGUUGAUAAAAUUUGUUACAUCAUGUUCUCGUCCCCCAUUACUUGGGUUCAAAGAACUUCACCCAAAAUUUAGUAUAAGGAGAGCAGGGACUGAAAUUAGAUUACCUUCAUCGAGUACUUGUGUUAAUUUAUUAAAAUUACCUGCUUAUCCUGACAAAAAAAUAUUGAAAGAAAAAUUGGAAUAUGCUAUAAAUGCAGAUGUUGGAUUUGAUCUUUCAUAG